AUGUCAAUUCGUAAGAUUUGUUUUCAUUAAAACACGUUGAAAAUAAUUAUUUAUUAAAUUAUUAACAAGGAUCCUUUAUUUUGAAGUGAAUUAAAAUACCGUUCCAUUGUUAACGAUAAACAUAUUAAAAGGGCGGAUGUAAUAAAAAGCCUGUAUUCAAAACUGCAAUCAUGCAAGUUUUCUCUAUAUCUGAUAUUCCCAAUUUUUCUAAGAAAGAACGCAUAGUGGUUGUAGGAGUUAUCGGAAAGUCUCCUUAUCGAUAUCCUAACAAGACCACACCACUUCUAUCUACAGUGCAGAGUGAAAACACUGAUAUAGAAUGUCAUUGGGACGAGAGACGCGGAGUUCUCUAUCUCCAUGCCGUGACACACAUGGACACAAAGUUGCUGGCUGAGUUAGCAGAGAACCUAAGUGAAAAGUCCAAGAGCACAGUGAAAGAUGCAGAUGCCUCUCACUGGCUGGUGGCGUCAGGAGAGCUGGCCAUUGAUUCCUGCAAGCUUAUAGCACUGCUUUUCCAACUGUGCCACAUUGUGGUGCUUUCUUCACCAACCUCUGUGUUUGAUAUUGGUUAUUUGCAACUGUUGAAAGCAAUUGAUUCAUACAGAGCCGAACUGUCAAUGGAUGCAUUAUCAGCGCUGACAGGCGCCGGCGCAGGUGGAGCGUGGGAGACCCACAGUCGCUGCUGCUGCCCACGCCUGCUGUUCCACUUCAGACGUGCGCCGGCGCCGCUCAAGAAGGCGCCUGCAGCGCUGAAGAGGCUAGAACACUCUGUUGAAGACCAGCUGUAUUUUAUAUUCAGAAAGGCCAGAAUUAUCACAAAUGUCUGUGCCAAAUCACUCUUCGCGAUACCAAAGAACGAAGAGUUCGUGUACAUAAGCACCGAUGACGAGGUUGGUAACGCGCGUGACGUCAGCCAGCUCGUGCGCGGCCUCGUGCGGCUGUGUGCGGGCGCGCCCGUCGCCGCCGCUAAGACCGAGCGCCCUGGCUUCGCGCAGUUCGUGCAGGCUCACGUAGAUCUGGCGUUUGCGGAGGGCUUUGAUGAUAAUGUUGGCAAAUAUGCUAUGAGCACUUCCUUUUUUGAGCUACCCAGUGCAUCGAGCUGGCGCGUGGCCGCGAAGGCCUUGUUGAAGCUGUACACGCGCGUGCGCAAGGUGCCGGAAGGCGCGGAGCCGAGCGGCGCGCUGUUCGACGCGCUCGCUACCGAUGUGCGCUUCUCACAGGCGCGAUGUGCCAAGGUGCUCCCAAUAGCUCAAGCUUCGUACGCCGAGGGUCUGCCGGCUCACUACUCGAACCAACACCAUUUGCACAAGGUGUCGGUGGCGCUGGGCGUGCUGGAGACGAUGGCGCGCGGCGCGCUGGCGGGCGGCGCGCGCGCGCGGCUGGCGGCGGCGUGCGCGCACACCUACGCCGCGCGCCGGCUCUGCGAGGCGCCCUCGCUCACCGGACACCCCUGCGCGCUGCCGCUGCAUGACAGCGGCACGGAGCACUCGUCGGGCGUGUGCUACGUGUCGGCGUGCAACUGCGGGCGCACGAAGGUGUCGCGCGAGGACCCGUACUCGGCGCGCGCCGCCAACUGCGCCUUCUACGCCGCGGCGGCGCAGCGCUGCCAGGCCUGCCCCACGCUCCUCGCCAUCGACUUCCCCGUCUUCCAGCCUUCUACGCCUACUUACAAAGCGGCAGCAGUAAAAGGCGCAUCGAGCGAGGAGCCGAACGAGACAGUAGUGGGGAGGCAGUCGGAGCUGAGCUCGCUGUCGGGCGGGUCGGCGGGCUCGGCGGCGUCGGCGGCGGAGGGCUCGGCGGCGGGCGCGUGGUCCGGCCCGCACGCGCUGUCGCCCGGCUCGGCCGGCUCGCACGCCUCCAACGACGACGACGACGCCGGCUACCUCGUGCCGCUCCGGGGAGACGCUGCUACAGAGAAAGUAAUAAGCCGCCAGCCGUCGACGACGGAGUACCUGCCGGGCAUGCUGCACACGGCGAGCCCGGCGGGGCUGCUGCCCGCGUUCCCGAGCUGGUCGCUGGUGUGCGUGGGCGCCUCCUCGCUGUACUCGCACAGCGUCGGCCUGCCCGAACACCUGCAGCCCGGCUUCCUGCCGCACACCAACUUCCUCAUGCCGUGGGAUUGCGCUGUGCGCAUGGAGCAGGCGAGCCUGUGGCGCGCGGCCGUGACGCGCGGGCGCGGCAAGGCGGCGCAGUCGCACCUCACCGUGAAGAUCUUCAUCGGGUUCGAGUACGAGUGCCCGCGCGGACACCGGUUCAUGGCGGCGGCGCCGGGCGCGGUGAUGGCGGGCGGCGCGGCGGGCGGCGCGGGCGGCGCGGCGGGCGCGCGGCUGGCGAGCGCGGACAUGCCGGCGGCGGCGCCGUGCCUGUGCCGCGCGCCCGCGCCGCCCGCCGCCGUGCUCACGCGCGUGCACGUCGUCACGCCCAAGGCGCCCGUGCACGUCACGCUCGACCCCAAGAUGCAACCAAUAGCCGGGGGUCCGAUCUUCGUGCCGCAGCCCGCGGGCUCUCCUCCCAUCAAGUUGUCCGCCUCCGCGUACUGGGUGCUGCGGCUUCCGUACGUGUACUGCGACGAGCGCGGGUGUCUGCCCCGGCCGCGGCCCGGCGCUUCGCCCCGUGUCGGAGCCCUGCUCGCGCCUCUAUUCGGCCUGCAGGACUAGCAGGACCUGCCCAACAAUAACGGGAUUGUGAUCAUUCGUAAAACUAAGAAGAAGAAGUGAACUCAAGUAUGAUACUCCAGACCUUGGCGUUCAGUGCUGGAUGUGAAUUUUAACAAUCACUGAUAAGGCUAAGGAAAAUAAGUGAAGUGUUUGAUAAGUCCAGACAUGCUGUGCUCUAUGUGGACUUACUUUUUUUUGGGAGUAAGGUGCCCACCAUAUUCAUUGCCAGAGUUCAGCAUUGUUAGUGCUGAAUGUCCCUGGUGCAUGGUCCAGGGCGGUCCUUAAUUUUCCCCGUUGUCAACACCAGAAGGUCCCUGUAUGUCGGAUAUUGGUACCUCCUGGCUACUAGCGACAACGGGCAUCCACAAAGGAAGGGGGCAGGAUGAAAGGGAUAAGAAUGAGGAGAUUUGUACUACUUGAUCCUUGAAAGGAGUUGUAGUGCCGAGUGGAGAUAGUCUAUGGUCCUUCAAAGUGCUUGUAUGUUGUCUAUCAUAGGACAGGACGUAUACAGACUACCGAUCCUAUAUCGCCCGUAUGGAGUUGGAGGAUAUUUUUAUACCCUUUGGACUCAUGACAAAGUACAGUCAGACUUGGAAUACUUUUAGACGAGAAUAUUUGUGUAAACACAUUGUAUUGGUGUUAUUCAUAUUUAUAAGCUAAUUUGUAACCCAUAUGUGUACCUAGCUCUGUAAAAAAGGAUUUAAGAAAAUCCAUGGGCUAAGUACUUUGGAAGAUGUCCCAGAGAAUGUGUUCUUUUUGUAUGUUAUGCGUAAAUAAGUCUAUGAGAGAUACUUAUGAAAAUAAUUAAAGUAGAGGAAAUGUAUUGAAUAAUAAAAAUUUAAACAUA